AUGGCCGUUACUCGCGAGUCAGAGCAGUUAAAAAACACUUUCAAAAGUAAACAGCCAACGGGCACUUACACUUUCAUUCAUUUCGGUCAGCCACGGGAAAAAAACAACACUAAAAGGAUGGAGCCGCAGACAGAGGAUCACAGCGGCAGUGAGUUUGACACGGAUUUAGAAGAGAGCGACCCGCCCCCAGAUGAACAAUACCCAUUUCUUCACGCCUGGACCACGGAAGCUGUAUCUAUGCAUUAUAACAAUCAUCGAGGAGACUGUCUCAAUAUGAAUCAUUUUGGACUGGGGCCUCAGGGGGCGAAAGCUUUGGCCAAGAUUCUGAAAACUGACAGUAACAUCACCACCCUUGAACUGGAGGACAACAAUCUGCAGACAAAAGGAACAGACUAUGUGGCAGACAUGCUGCAGAUAAACUCUAACAUCAGCAGUCUUAAUCUCUCCAAAAAUGACUUGUGUUCUGAGGGGGCGCAAAUCAUCUCGAAAAUUAUGUUAGACAACUAUCAUGUCAAAUGCAUGAGACUUUCUGGAAAUGGAUUUGAUGAUGUUUCUGCUAAAUAUUUGGCCGACGCUUUAAAGGGCGACUACGUCAUACGAGAGCUCGAUCUCAGUCACAACAAGUUCUCUACGAUUGCAGGGGGACAUCUGGGUCAAAUGAUAGGUGUAAAUUUGGGCAUCGAGGUUUUAAAUCUGAGCUGGAAUAAUAUCAAUAUGAAAGGAGCAGUGGCGCUGUGUUCAGGGCUGAAGAUCAAUUCAACUCUAAAACACCUCUUUUUGGCUGCCAAUGGAUUUUCCAGUUAUGUAGCAGAGGCCUUAAGUCAGACCCUAAAGGUGAACAGUACCUUGGUUUCCUUGGACCUCAGUUAUAACCUCAUGGAUGACCUUGCUGUAAGCUUGCUUUGCCCUGGUCUGGCUGUGAACGGCACUUUGAAGGUGCUUAAGCUUCCCUACAACACCAUUUCAUCUGCUGGAGCUCUCACUCUCCUCAAAGCGGUUGACAAAAGCACAGGGACUGGACUGGAGGACAUAGAUAUAUCUACAGUCGUCGUCUGUGAGGCGUUCUUGCAGCUGCUUGGAUCCGUUCAGAGGAAGUUCCCAAAGUUAUCUGUCCAAUACACUGCUCUGCCAGACGUCACAGAGAGAGUGUCUGCCCUCCCUCUCUUUAAGAAACAUCUCCAAGAGAACAUGGAAUCCCUCAUGGAGUAUUUCCGGGCCGUGGAUAAGGACGGAACAAUGAAGAUCUCCACAGUAGACUUCAGAAACAUAACGUCUGCUGAAAUGCCACUGACACCAAAUCAACUUGAAUGGUUAGUUAAAACUUUUGACAGUCAGUGCACGGCCACUAUCAACUACAGCCAGUUUUACAAAAUGGUGUAA